CGCAGUCGAGUGACUUGCGUUUCAACCGCGACAUCAAAUUUUUCCUCUGGUCGCACGUAUGUUACAUGUGUCAUCGGCGUUCGCUGUGACACCAUCGGAGCUUUAACAAUGGAUAAGGAUUUAUUGCGGUCGGUGGAUCUGUUGAAAGAGAACGAGGAACAGGUGCGGAACGACGCAGAGAAUGCAUUGUUAACUGUUUGUCAGAACAUUCUGUCGCAUCCGAACGACAAACAAUAUCGGGAAGUGAGGCUCGACAAUCCUAUGGUUACCACAAAACUGCUGCCUGCUCUUGGGGGCAUCGAAUGCCUGUUCGACAUUGGUUUCGUCGAGACCACUGACUGUCUUUCCUUGCCACAAGAAGCGCCACUUUCAAAACUGCGAGCCCUACAGAACUUGCUUAACAAAAGCUCCUUACCAACCAAAGCACCAACUGUUAAAGACAUAGCGUUGUACAAUCUAAUACCUGCGACAUCUACAGAAAAAGAGAAAAGAUUUUUCUUGUCUAUUAUAGAGUUCUUCCAGAAUGUUUUGCGAUUCGAAGAUGCAAGUUUACAGGAGAAAGCUAAAAAAGUUAUACCCAUUGUAGAUCUUGAAAUUGCCACUAUGACAAGACUUGGACAGUUGCACAAGCACGUUAAAUUAUUUCAGACUGACUCGCAGAAAGAUGUUGAGAAACAACAGGACGAGCAUGACGAUGCUAAAGAUUUGUUCCUCAUGGAACUGUUGCAUUGGUUCAAGUAUAAAUUCUUUACAUGGAUCGAUAGUCCAAAGUGUACUGCUUGCUUUUCAGAAUGUAAACAGCAGGAAAUGAUGCUUUCCAAUGAUCCUAGAUGUACACGAAUAGAGAUUCACAAAUGUACUAGAUGUGGAACACGAGUGAAAUUCCCUCGUUACACUGACCCGGAGCCAUUGUUAACUCUGAGACGUGGACGUUGUGGAGAAUGGGCGAACGUGUUCACGCUUUUAUGUCGAACAUUAGGAUACGACGCAAGAUUUAUAUACGAUCAUACAGAUCACGUUUGGACAGAGGUAUGGUCCAUACACGAAAAAAGAUGGAUUCAUAUAGACCCAUGCGAAGACGUCAUGGACAGGCCAUUGAUGUAUGAAAAGGGAUGGAAAAAGAAACUAAACUAUAUAAUAGCCUGCUCAAAAGAUGAAGUGCAAGAUGUUACUUGGAGAUAUACAUGCGAUCAGAUAGGAGUAAUGAAAAGGAGGAACAUCUGCUCUGAAAAUAAAUUGUUGCAAUUUAUCGAAUCAUUGAACAAAUACCGUCAGUCUUCUCCACAUUAUAGUUCCACUCGCAGACAAUACGUGAUAAAACGAAGACUUUUAGAGCUCGUCGAACUGAUACACGUACCAAAUAAACGAGAUUCUGACGAUGAUGAAUAUUACGGUGAACGAUCCACUGGUUCUUACGAGUGGAGACGAGCACGAGGAGAAAUUUCUGAAUCGAAUACAAAGAUAAAUUAUUCUUGGGACGUUUCAAAGUACGGAGAAGCAUUUCAUUUGCAGUAUUCUGUUGUUAAAGAUAUGUAUAAGAUAACGGAUGAUAAUGGUACAGUAUUAAUGGAGAUAUCUGGUUGGCAAUAUGGAACGAAGGAAUUCGAAGGUGGAAUGUUUCGUAAAGUAGAGCACGACUGGAAGAUGACCUACUUAUCUCGUUCUCCAGGUACUAUUUGUGGUAAGAUAAAAUGGUGCUUUGUAGUCGCAAAUCCAAACCUGUACCUGAAAACGUUUCAUUUACAAGCAACUACAAAAAUAUUUCACGAAGCUAACAUAUCGUGGGAUAUAGAAGCUCUUUUUGACAACGCAAAUCAAAAUAAAUCUGUAGUUCUCCCAAUUAACGAUGUUUCUAAUUAUCGUACGUACCAAUUGAAAGGGGCGACAAAGUUAAUUCUCACAGCAACUGUUUCCGGUGGUCAAGGUGAUAGUGCGUGGCAGCACGCACAAAUUUUUCGGCAAAAUUUGGAAAACGAAGACGAUAGAUCUUUAGUGAUCGAUAUUGAAUUGGAAAAUCGAUAAUUUUAGAAUUCAGAUGUAUAAUUUCAACUAGAAAUUUUAUAUUUUAUAUGAAUGCUUUUAAUCAAGUUUUAUCCGUUACACGAAUGAUAUAUUUUAAUGAAUACGACUUAAUCAAGUUUUAUCCGUUACACGAAUGAUAUAUUUUAAUGAAUACGACUUUUACUG